AUGCUAGACAAAAUGAAGACAACGCCGGAGUUGACAAACUCCCGGCCCUGUUUCAAAGAGAUACCCGAAAAAUUGAACGAACACCUCAUCAACUUGGGUGCUCCGCAUGUGAAUUCAUUUGAUGAAAUGUUAAAUGUGGGACUGGCGAACCUGGCCAAGCGCAUAUAUCCCGUACAUUUUCAGUCGCCAGCCGGGGAGCGCAUUUCAUUUAAAGUGGAGAGUAUCUGGAUAUCUAAGCCACAGGUGCCCAUGGAUGCGAUUGAGGUGCGAACACGCGAAAUCUACCCGACAGAUGCGCGACAGCUGCAUGUCUCAUACGGCGGCAUGUGUAGCGUGCGACUGAGCUGGACUGUUAAUGAUAUAGAGAAGAGCGCCAUUAACAUGGAUCUAGGUGAAGUGCCGAUUAUGUUGCGUUCAGCUGCCUGCAAUUUGCACAAAGCUACACCAGCGGAUAUGGUAAAGCAUGGCGAGCACGACAGUGAAUGGGGUGGCAUAUUUGUAAUACGUGGCAACGAGAAGAUCGUUCGCAUGCUGAUGUUGAGUAGAAGAAAUUAUCCCAUUUGUGUGAAGCGCUCCACCUGGAAGGAUCGCGGACACAACUUUAGCGAGCUGGGAAUAUUGGUCCAAACUGUGCGCGACGAUGAAGUCUCCUUCUCCAAUGUUCUGCACUACUUGAACAAUGGAACGGCCAGAUUUAUGUUCUCACACUACAAACGUUUGUCGUACAUUCCCGUGUGUCUUAUACUGAAAUGUCUGAUGGACUACACAGAUGAAGAAAUCUAUAACCGGUUGGUGCAUGGCUACGAGUGGGAUCAAUACUAUGUGUCGUGUGUGCAGGCAAUGCUACGCGAGGUGCAAAACGAAGGCGUCUACACACAUGGACAGUGUAGGUCAUUUAUGGGCACGCUUUUCAGAGGCCGACUUUACCAGGUACCCGAGUGGCGACCCGACGAGGAUGUCACUGAUUAUAUUUUGAAAGAGAGAAUUAUGGUACAUCUGGACAACUAUGAAGACAAGUUCAAUUUAAUUGUAUUCAUGAUACAAAAGCUCUUCCAAUGCGCUCAGGGCAAGUUCAAAGUGGAAAAUGUAGAUGCUGUAAUGAUGCAGGAAGUGUUGCUGCCGGGACAUCUAUACCAAAAAUAUCUAGGCGAACGCCUAGAACAAUGGCUUACACUAGGGAAAAAAUACCUUCAAAAGAAAUUAAACACACCCGAUGUGCUUAUCAACAGCUCCAUUAUGUAUCAAAGUAUGCGCAAUGCCGGCGGUAUUGGGCGCGCCAUGGAAUCCUUUUUAGCCACAGGCAAUGUAAUCUCACGCGGUGGUAUGGGCUUGAUGCAAAACAGUGGUAUGGUUAUAAUGGCCGAGAACAUUAAUCGGAUGCGGUAUAUGUCGCAUUUUCGCGCUGUGCAUCGAGGUUCCUACUUUACUACAAUGCGCACCACUGAUGCACGUCAGCUGCUGCCAGAUGCCUGGGGCUUCAUCUGUCCAGUCCACACGCCAGACGGCACGCCCUGCGGUCUAUUGAAUCACUUGUCAUUGAUGUGUGAGAUAUCGCCGAGACCAGAUCCAUCCGAAGUGCAGAUGAUUCCCCAAAAACUAGUUGAUAUGGGGAUGCUGCCGAUUUCAGCUCGCACAGAUCCUGAAGCUAAGCUCUAUGUCGUAUUCCUAGAUGGCAAGCAUCUAGGUCACAUAAUGCAGACUGAUGCGCAUAAAAUAGUCGAGUAUUUGCGUUUUGCAAAGAUCACGGGGAAAAUGCCAAAAAUGAUGGAAAUCGCAUUUAUACCUUAUCGAAAAAAUGGACAAUUUCCUGGACUCUUUCUCUACACUGGCCCGGCACGCAUGAUGCGUCCGGUUUGGAAUUUAAAGUGGAAUAAAAUAGAAUAUAUUGGCACACUGGAGCAAGUGUAUAUGGAAAUAGCUAUUGAUAAGAAGGAGGUAUAUCCCGAUUUCACAACACACUUGGAAUUGGCAAAAACGAGCUUUAUGAGCAAUUUGGCAAAUCUAAUACCAAUGCCGGAUUACAAUCAAUCGCCUAGAAACAUGUACCAGUGCCAGAUGGGUAAACAAACGAUGGGCACGCCGUGUCUGAACUGGCCCAAGCAGGCUGCCAAUAAGUUGUAUCGUCUGCAGACGCCAGGCACACCCCUCUUCCGACCCGUACAUUAUGAUAACAUAGGUCUAGAUGACUUUGCUAUGGGUACCAAUGCCAUUGUGGCUGUCAUCUCAUAUACGGGCUACGAUAUGGAGGAUGCCAUGAUUAUUAACAAGGCGGCCUAUGAACGUGGCUUUGCCUAUGGCAGUAUUUACAAAUCGAAAUUCAUCGAACUAGACAAAAAUAGCUAUUUUGCCCGUAGUCCACAUAUGCCAGAACUGGUGAAGCACCUCGACACUGAUGGAUUGCCGCAUCCGGGUACAAAACUAUCCCAUGGGUCUCCGCUCUACAGCUACUUUGACGGCGAGGUCUCCACCUACAAAGUUGCAAAACUGGACGAAGCGGAGGACUGCAUGGUGGACAGCGUGAGGCAGUUGGGCAGUUUUGAGCUAACGCCCAAGCGAAAUGUAUGCAUAACAUUGCGGGUGCCACGCCCUGCCACUAUUGGUGACAAGUUUGCCUCGCGUGCCGGCCAAAAGGGCAUAUGUUCGCAAAAGUAUCCUGCGGAAGAUUUGCCAUUCACCGAAAGCGGUCUUAUACCCGACAUUGUCUUCAAUCCUCACGGUUUCCCCUCUCGCAUGACAAUUGCCAUGAUGAUCGAGACCAUGGCUGGUAAAAGUGCAGCAGUACAUGGCACUGUUUACGACGCCACGCCCUUCCGUUUUUCGGAAAAGAACACGGCGAUUAAUUACUUUGGUAAAAUGCUCGAGGCGGGUGGCUACAACUAUUAUGGCACCGAGCGCCUUUAUUCGGGCAUUGACGGACGCGAAAUGAAGGCGGACAUUUUCUUUGGUGUGGUCCAUUACCAGCGCCUGCGUCACAUGGUAUUCGAUAAGUGGCAGGUGCGUUCCACGGGCGCAGUGGAGUCACGCACACACCAACCCAUAAAGGGUCGCAAGCGCGGUGGCGGCGUGCGUUUCGGUGAAAUGGAGCGUGACGCCCUCAUAUCCCAUGGGGCCUCAUUUCUGCUUCAGGAUCGACUCUUUCACAACUCGGACAAAACGCACACGCUUGUGUGCCACAAGUGUGGCAGCAUCUUGUCGCCCAUGCAACAGAUUGUCAAGCGCAACGAGACGGGGGGACUGUCCUCGACGGCGGAAACGUGCCGACUGUGUGGCGACAGCGGUGCUGUAAGCCUGAUUGAGAUUCCUUUCAGUUACAAGUUUUUGGUUACCGAGCUAAGUUCGGUGAACAUAAACGCUAGAUUUAAGCUUACUGAAAUAUAAUGUUGACAAUUUUAUACCCCUUACCUAAAAGAAAUGGGUAUUUUGUUUUUAGCAAUAAAGUUUGUAUUCUAAGUAAGAAAGCGUCCUCAAUUGAAAACGUAUUAAGCUAAAACUGCUUAAUAGCAUCUUCUAUAUGUAGCUAUAU